AUGUUUUGUUUGCUGAUUUCAAGGGUGUUUUGCGAGGUAUUCUUGUUCAAGGACUAUGAGCCACUGGUGGUGAAUUUCAGACUGGCAGCUGAGAACAUCUCAACAGGCGCAUUCCGCCUCUACCCAAACAAUCAGGCGAAGUUCAAGGUGGACAUCGUCACUGAUAACCACGAGAAGAAGUUCUUUGGAGAGGACAUCGAGGAUGCAAACGAGAAGCACUUCAGCUUCAGCAACAAGGCCAUCGAGGACGUGGCCGUGAAGAUCACGCCGUAUCACGGGUCAAUGGACUCAGAUCCAGCCAAAAACAGAAUUUACAUGAAAUUCGAGUCAAAGUUGAACACAUUUGACGCGACUGUCUCUUUGAAGAAGCAGAUUGAACCAGCUGUUUAUGCAUUGAAUAGGCUGGUGCAAAAAUUACAGGACGUGAUUGAAACAACAAAGAACGCAUCACGAAAGACGUCUCAGCUCGAGAAGGAGCACAAGAGGAUGUUUGUGGUGGUCGUAUUUCUCUCAUUUGUGAGUCUGGUUGGAUACACGGUAUUCAACAUCGUGCAGAUAUCACUGAUGAGGAAGUAUUUGCACGAUAAGAAAUACUUGUAA